GUCCAUUCUCGGAGAUCGCUGUUUCCCAAGCAUCCUCUUCGCCGCACUCUUCUGCAUCGCAUCGUAUCGAUGCACACAUUCGCACACGAAGGGAUGCUCCCUCGUAGAGUUUUUCGAAACUGCCUGAUUUCGGCACUUUCGUGGAGACAGGCGCGCGAUCAGAAUGUCGUGUGGCAGGAUUGUAGCUAAUCGUGAUGAGGAGCUUGUGCUGGCUUGUGUUUAUAAAGAAAGUUCGCUGUGAAUUUUUAGUGCAGUCUUUAGCGUCGGUUUAAUCAACAGAGGGCCGUGAGUUACUUGCGAUUUGUUCUGUGAUCAUGAGUGAGAAUGAUAGCCAGGCGCUUUCAUACUUUGGUGUUGUGUUGGUGUCAGUCGUGGGCGUUUCUGUGGAAUGUGGUGAGGGUGAGUAUGGAGAUGAGGUUAGUGCGCUGGUGCCUUGGUUGAGUUAUGCAUAACAUUCCUGUUGGAACGCGGAGAAUUUCCCCUGUACAGUGAAUUGUUCAAGAGAAGAGCGAACAGAUUUGGCCUUGGAGAAAUUGAGCCUCAACCAUGUUUACGCUAUCCCCAAGUCUGAGAGGUGAUCACAUGUAGGAAAAUAUAGAUGUGUAGUGUAUGAAGGUUCUUUUUGAGAUUUCCAGAGUGCGGCGAGAGAGCCUUGAUUCAUGGACUAGGCAGUGGUAAGCCUCAUUCUAGCCAUGGCGGAUAUGUGUGUUACCUGUGGUAUGCCCCCCAAGAACAAGGACGAUACCAUUCCUAUCACUCUUCUGUACUCUAGAGCGAGCAAACAAGUUGUGUGUCUAGAGGUCGGUAAGGAAUUUGUAGAUAUGCUCAUGGGGUUCCUUACCCUGCCUAUUAGUUGCCUGGUGAGGGUGCUGGCAGAGGCCUCCAUGAUUCACAAGCCAGACGAAAUAAAAUCUCCACCGAUUGUUCCUGCUAGCGUCUCGAACAACCUAGCUCCCAUGAAGUCCGAUCCACAUUUUGCAUUGAGCGCAAUCAGCAAUGUAUUUGAAAGCGUGGUGAAAAUGAAGAAUGAUAAGAUGGCCGUAGACAAGAGAACACUGCUGCAGGCUCAGCCGACAUUUCCAUUUGGGGCUGGGAAACUAUUAAAAACGAAGAGCACUCCGACAAAAAGUGAGGAGAUGGUUCAUCCAGACUCCGGAUUCUACAAUUGUGGAGUGGCUUGCAAUUACGCCACGGCGAUAAUCCAAACAACAUGCCCGAAGCACAAACAACCAAUGAUAACCGCAAUCAAAAUGGUUGAGGAAUCACCAGUGGAAUCGACGGUCAAGAAGACCACUGAAGCUGCAGGUUCUGUACAGCGAGCAGUUGGUUACGUGAAGCCCGAGACGAAGUUCAUGGUAACAAACCAACUCGAGAUAUUCGCCAGUUCAUCCAUGAAAGCACUCAUCACUCUCGAAAUGAUACGAUCCGAACGUGUUGGUGAUUUAGACACCAUGGAAAUCUCAGUUGUUUCAGAAGAGGUUUUGAUGCUGCUGAAAGCCUCUUUCUUAUCGACGAAUGUGCUGAACGACGUGUUUGGCAAAUACUGCUCAGACGCGAAGCGCAACACCUUUCUUCCCUGGCUGUGCGGACAAACCUUGCUGCCAAUGCUCGAGAAUGGGAGUCCCACUUAAAGCCUCCGGGAGGUAAGUUUAAAUAUUCAAGUUGUUCACUUUUCCAGAUAUAUUUGGUGUUAACUCUUAUUGGGAGCAUCCAGUCCCUCAGACCUCAGCAGCUACUUACAGAUUUAAUCUUUAGCUUGCAGCUCCUAACAUUUUAUAGCUGUCUCGACCACGGACCAGCUUUCCAACAAGGCUUAAGAGGCACGUCUCUGCGAUGAAUUCUUGCAAACAAUGGUGGCUACGUGGUGAGGGCCAAACCAGCACCUUUAGGCAAGAGACACAGUAGUUCUCAAAAGACUUGCUUCACUAACGACUCUGUCGACUCCACACGGGAGCAGAGAUGUGUCCACAUUGUUCCCCAUUACACAUUCAACGUGAUAACCUUCGAGCUCUGAGAUACGCAUUUGUUAAUCAGAUGGCUGUUAAUUACCACCACGUUCGUGUAAUGCCGUCAGAAGGAAGCUUGUACAAGAACUGAAUAUUACGUUUCGAACAAAGUUAUUGAAUUAUCGCUUCCGUGAAUCAAAGGACCAGUGUUCAGGUGAUUAAAAUUGAGUCGAACCUCUCAAUGUUAAAAGUGCAGCUGAUUUUUUGAAACUCCUUGGCAUAUUGGGACUAAUGCCACACAGUCCACAGUGGAGCAGCACUUCAAUCCAUAACACUGAGACCAAAGGAGUUUCAAUUGUCAAACUAUUUCUGAUCUUUGAAGUCAUAAAUUGUAUCAUUUUUUUUCACAGGAUUUGUUCCAACAACUCA